AUGAAGGUCCCAGUUACGAAGAAAAAACACAUACUGUCGAAGUACCAAUUUACAAGAAAUAUGGAAAUCCGUAUACCAAUCCCACAACCGUAUCAAGUACCUUUGAAAAUACCUCACCCACAGCCAGUUGUCAUUGAAAAAAAUAUUGAGAUCCCAGUGGAAAAGCUGGAGCCAUACGUUGUAGAAAAAAAGGUGCCUUUCGUUAUAGAAAAGCCUUAUGCGGUGUACGUCAAUAAGGAGGUGAAAAUUCCAAUUUAUAAGCCAGUAGCAGUCCAUGUACCAGUCUAUAAGCAUGUGAUUGUACACAGCUCGAAACAUAAGGAUUGGGAUUAA